UCACGGACUGAGAGUCGGACAAGAUCACGACCAUCAGCUCUAUCUGUGCUUCUAAUCUUGCACGAAAAACGGGGUUUCCGUUUAUAUGUUUACGGUUAUUAGAGUAGAAUACAAGUUAACGUUUCAGUGUUCAUUUUAGGAAACGGAAGUAAACAGAAGAGCGCAGUCAUCGACCAAAGGACGAGAAGAUGUCUGGAAAAGAAAGGAUCGACAUAUUCCCCUCCAGAAUGGCUCAGACCAUCAUGAAGGCUCGGCUGAAAGGGGCGCAGACCGGCCGCAACCUGCUCAGGAAGAAAUCUGAUGCCCUCUCCAUGCGCUUCCGUCAGAUCCUCCGCAAAAUUAUUGAAACUAAGACUAAGAUGGGAGAAGUGAUGAGAGAGGCGGCCUUCUCUUUGGCUGAAGCCAAAUUUACAGCCGGAGACUUCAGCACAACUGUCAUCCAGAAUGUCAACAAAGCCCAAGUGAAGGUCCGAGCCAAGAAAGACAAUGUGGCAGGUGUCACCCUUCCAGUUUUUGAGCACUACCAAGAAGGCGGGGACAGUUAUGAGCUGACUGGUCUAGCCCGAGGAGGAGAGCAGCUCUCCAGGUUGAAGAGGAACUACGCCAGAGCUGUUGAGCUGCUGGUGGAGUUGGCCUCCUUACAGACAUCUUUUGUCACUCUGGAUGAAGCCAUAAAGAUAACCAACCGCCGUGUGAACGCUAUUGAGCAUGUGAUUAUUCCCCGGAUUGAUCGCACCCUCACCUACAUCAUCACAGAGCUGGAUGAGAGAGAACGAGAGGAGUUCUACAGGCUGAAGAAGAUCCAAGAGAAGAAGAAGCAGCUUAGGGAAAGGACAGAACUGGAGAUUGCCGAACGCCUGGCUAAGCUGGGUCCCAUCGCAGAGCCCUCCAACAUGCUGAUGGAGGAGACGGAUGAAGACCUGCUGUUUGAGUGAAGCGCUCUAAAGGCAGACAAGUCACCGACAUCACCCAUCAUCCUAUUUAUUCUGUGCCUCUGAGGCCAUGUCUUUGUCUUCUCAUGCAAGUGAUGAAAGUUGUUUUUUGUGUACUUAUCUGUGAUGAUUUGCUCUGUUGUUUCAGUGCUGGAAGAUACUGUGUGUUUUCCAGAUUUGUCAUUGUACAGAACCAAAGUGUCGCCACACUUGGCUGUUACCCACAAGGGAGUCAGUUCACUAUUAUAAAACAAUAAGAAUAUAAAUAUGUUUACACAUGGUUUGCGAGUGAAAUUAAAGAAGCAUUCAAUGUGAUGGAUCAACUUGUAGAUAUUUCAGUUUCCUUACCACAUUUAGAGCCAUUGCAUGCUGUAAAGCUUAAGGUGGUUGUAGAUUGUGUGAGUGUGUGAGUCCUUGUUGUGGGUGGCCCGUCCCGCUGCUCACCUCAUAUUACGGGGUUGUUGUUACCUCAUUGGAGGAUGUUUACCAUUGUAUCAGAAAACCCUAAUGUGACCCUGCUGUAAAAGUUGGUGUGCAAGUCAACAAAGCCCCACACUUCAUCCAAAUAAAGAUGUUAUCAAUAUCCAA